AUGUGGUCCUGCAAACAUCAGAUGGCCGCAGAGAGAGACAGAAUCGAGAUGAAUUACAAUUAUUACAGAAAUAGGUUGAAGAUCUGCCGUAAGGCCGUUGGUCGGGCCAAGCUAAUUUUCACACCUGAAAUGGAGUUCAUCUGGGAUCCACAGAUGGCAUGCUUAAUGGCCUCUGGUGAUAUUCGCCUCAUCACGGACGAGUGUCUUAGAAGUCUAUUUGUCUUCAACAGUGCUUGCUGUACCCCCAGAUUUUUACAAAGCCGUGAAAUUGUCUUAGAGUGA